UCAUUCAACAUAUGAUACAUUUUUAACCUUAGAAUUAUCUAGAAUAUUCUAAAAACUCCUCUUGCUACAGAUAAACUAUAAAAGCUUGGAUCCAAUCUGCUAAAAAUAAAGUACAGAUUCAAAUAUUUAUUUCCCAAUAGUUUAUUAUUACAAAUAUGACAAGUGAAAAAAAAUUAUUGUGUUAUAAUCGCGGCUGUGGACAGGAAUAUGACGAAAACAAAAACAAUCCUGAUUCAUGUCUGCAUCAUCCUGGAGUACCAGUAUUUCAUGAUGCCUAUAAAGGAUGGUCGUGUUGCAACAAAAAGUGCACUGACUUCACUGAGUUUUUAAAUAUCAAAGGCUGCACUAAAUCUUAUCAUUCAAAUGAAAAACCUCCGGAACCAGUAAAGCCAGCGAUUGAUAAAUCCAAAGCAGAAGUAAUCGAGUAUCGAGCGCCAAUCAUCGAGACGACGAUCGAGAGACCAGGAUUUGACACUCCGCAGAAAAAUAUCCAGCCGACUGUGUCGGAUUCUUUAAUGGAGCAGGUGAAAUCUUUAAUUUCCGGAAGCACUUGUGUGCAGGAAAGUAAAAUUGUCAAGGUUGGCGAAAGCUGUAAGAACCGAGGCUGCAAUGCAACGUAUGCUGGUGCUGAUUCUGAUGACAGUCCGUGUGUCCAUCAUCCGGGAAUUCCUAUUUUUCAUGAGGGUCUCAAGUACUGGUCCUGCUGCCCGAGGAAAAAGAUGACUGACUUCAAUCAGUUUGAAAAACAUCCUGGUUGUGCUGAAGGUCGUCAUGUUUGGGUUGCUAAGAGUACGGGAAAUAAAGCGCCAUGUAGAAUGGACUGGCAUCAAACGGGUUCAUUUGUCGUCGUAUCGAUAUUUGCUAAAAAGUAUCAUCCAAAUAAAUCUUUUGUUAAAUUAAGUCCUGUGAGGUUGACAGUACAAUUAUAUUUUCCUGAAGACAAUAAAUACUAUGAUCUAGAUGUUGAAUUACGGGGAGUUGUUGAUGUCGACAACAGUUCAGUCCAAAUGCUACCAACAAAAGUUGAGAUAAAAUUAAAAAAAGCAGAGCCCAGUUCUUGGUCGAAACUCGAAAUCCCCCGGGAAGUCAGCGAGCCCGAGAAGACAGAAAAUAACGAAGAGAAAGAUUCAAUUGCCGACAGAGUCGACGCCGUCGAUCUUAAUGACUUAUAAUUAAAAUUAAAAUGAUUAGCACAAAAUAAAACCCAUACAUCAAUGCAAUUAAAUAACUAAUAUUUUAUAUUUUACAUUUUGUUCAAGUUUUACCAGUAAAUAAACGCUGUAAAAAAGUUA